CACACGUCCCAUCUCCCUCUGUGCACUCGGAGAUGUUGCUGACCCUUCCUCCCUCUUGCUAGUCACUCUUCCCUCCUCCAAUCCUCUUUUGCCCCCACCUCCUAGUGCACGGGAUAGGUCUCUGUGCUGGCAGUGCCACUGAGGACAGUGAGGCAGUGACACGCUACUAGGGGAGCACCCUGAAGGGAAAACCAGUCCAGGUUCUCCAUCUUACUUCUGGAAAAGACUUUGUUGGAUGCUUUUCAACUAAAAGUAGAUAAUUAAUUUAGCCCUGACCUUGUUCUGUCUUUGAAUAACAGAUAAAUUCGUUUACUUGAAAAGAAAUCUUUUCAUUUGUAUUUCCAUGUCACCUGUGAUUUUCCCUGCCUUCCACCCGCAGCCCUGCCAACUGGCAGGAAGGUUAGCAAAGCUGCUGAUAAGAGGAGUAUAAAAAGCCUUGGGUCAUGGUAAGGGGCCACUUGUGGUCUACUCCACUGGCAACAUGCUGAGCUUCCUCGUCUUUGCCACCCUGGUCCUUUAUGGACACAGCACCCAGGAUUUUCCGGAAACCAACGCCCGGGUAGUUGGAGGGAUUGAGGCCCGAAAGAAUUCCUGGCCCUCUCAGAUUUCCCUCCAGUACUGGUCCAGAGGUAACUGGUAUCACACCUGUGGAGGGACCCUCGUCAGACGGAACUGGGUGAUGACAGCUGCUCACUGUGUGGACAGCCAAAUGACGUUCCGUGUGGUGGUUGGAGACCACAACCUGAGUCAGAACGAUGGUACUGAGCAGUACGUGAAUGUGCAGAAGAUCGUGGUGCAUCCAUACUGGAACAGCAAUAACGUGGCUGCCGGCUAUGACAUCGCCCUGCUGCGCCUGGCCCAGAGCGUUACCCUCAACAACUACGUCCAGCUGGGUGUUCUGCCACGGGAGGGAACCAUCCUGGCUAACAACAGUCCCUGCUACAUCACAGGCUGGGGCAGGACCAGAACCAAUGGACAGCUGGCCCAGACCCUGCAGCAGGCUUACCUGCCCACUGUGGACUACGCCACCUGCUCCAGCUCCUCCUACUGGGGCUCCACUGUGAAGAACACCAUGGUGUGCGCCGGAGGAGAUGGAGCUCGCUCUGGAUGCCAGGGUGAUUCUGGAGGCCCCCUCCACUGCUUGGUGAAUGGUCAGUACACUGUCCAUGGAGUGACCAGCUUUGUGUCCAGCCAGGGCUGUAAUGUCUCCAGGAAGCCCACCGUCUUCACCCGGGUCUCUGCUUACAUCUCUUGGAUGAAUAACGUCAUUGCCAACAACUGAACAUCUUCCUAAGUACAACAGCCAUGCCAAGAUAAUUCUUUAAUUCGCAGCAGGACUUGAGGCCAUCAAGAAAAAAACAUUCUAGGAGACUAUUGAACCAGAUACAGAAAUGCAAAUAAAACUGCAUACACAUUA